AUGCCAUCUAGUCUGCAUUUGGAUGACGAAGUAGUCAGUGACACAACAAGCAUAUGUCAGCUGUUUUCCAGUUAUUUCAACUUGGUCUACUCUCCAUCGUCACGAGUUUCACCUAGCUUUAGCUAUCCCGUCUUCGAUUCUCUUUGUGUCAUAACAACCUCAACUGAAGAAGUUCUCAGCAAGCUUAAGAAUCUGGACACUACAAAGGGAGCUGGAAUUGACAAUAUACCGCCAUCUAUGCUUCAUCACUGCCGAUCUCUCUUAGCUGAACCCCUCACAGUGUUGUUCAACGAAUCACUUAACAAAGGAAUCUUCCCUAGCUCUUUAAAGUUGGGCUUCAUCAUUCCUUUACAUAAAGCAAAUGAUCCCAGCGACAUACGGAACCACCGUCCAAUCACUAUUCUGCUGGCAAUUGGCAAAGUUUUUGAAAGUAUCGUGGUAGAUAGACUGAAUCCUUUUCUAUCCAAAAUAAUCCGGAUCCUUCCCAACAUGGUUUUAUGA